GGCCUGGCCUGGCGGGUGGAGGGCGAAGGGUUAAAAGCUCCGCGCGCAGGCGCUGCCCUCUGAACUGGAACGGAAAGCAACUUCCGGUCGCCUCCCUCGGCCGGCGCCGCGGCUCCGGGGCGUGAGGGACGGGCGCGGGCUCCCUGAACUGGCGGUUGCCCAAUUCUCUGCUUUCCUGUGCGCUGUCGUCACGGCCGUGUCGGGGACGAGUGGGGUAACUUCCCCGGGGCUCGCGGAGAGGGCCGGCCUGACCCGGGGCCCCCGGCGGCAGACCUGUCAUUUACUCCAUCCUUUAUAGUGAUGCUACAGAACAGAGAGGAAUGGAUAAAAAUAUUGGCGAGCAACUCAAUAAAGCUUAUGAAGCAUUUCGACAGGCAUGUAUGGAUAGAGAUUCUGCAGUGAGAGAACUACAGCAAAAGCAGACUGAAAACUAUGAGCAGAGAAUACGUGAGCAACAGGAACAGCUGUCACUUCAACAAACUAUUAUUGACAAGCUAAAAUCACAGUUGCUUCUUGUGAAUUCCAGUCAAGAUAACAGUUUUGGCUAUGUUCCCCUGCUUGAAGACAGUGAAGCAAGGAAGAAUAAUUUGAUUCUUGAUCAGCCACAUGAUAAUGUAAAAUCAGGAAUACCAAGAGAAAAGGAAUUAAAGGUAAGAAGACAAGAAGUUUCUUCUCCUAGAAAAGAAACUUCACCAAGGAGUCUUGGCAUUCCUUUAUUCCAUGAAAGGGCUUAUAUAGAGAAGACUUUCCAGGAUCUAAAAGAAGAAUUUCAUAGAAUAUGCAUGCUAGCAAAAGCACAAAAAGACCACUUAAGCAAACUUAAUGUACCAGCCACUGCAACUGAAACACAGUGCUCUCUUCCUAUACAGUGUACGGAUAAAACAGAUAAACAAGAAGCGCUAUUUAAGCCUCAGGCUAAAGAUGAUAUAAAUAGAGGUGCACAGUGCGUCACAUCUGUCACACCGAGAGGACUGGGCCGAGAUGAGGAAGAUACCUCUUUUGAAUCACUUUCUAAAUUCAAUGUCAAGUUUCCACCUACGGACAAUGACUCUACUUUCUUACAUAGUACUCCAGAAAGACCCAACAUCCUUGGUCCUGUCGUAACUGAGACAUCAUGUCAUGAUAAAUUUAAUAAGGAGUUCAGAGACAACCCGGGAAACUUUGUUAAAACAGAAGAAACUUUAUUUCAAAUUCAGGGAAUUGACCCCAUAGCAUCAGCUAUACAAAAUCUUAAAAUAACUGACAAAACAAAACCCUCCAAUCUUGUAAACACGUGUAUCAGGACAUCUCUGGAUAGAGUUCUGUGUUUGCCACCUGGAAACCAUAAUGCAUUAUAUGUAAAUACAUUACUACUUCAGGACCCAUCUGAUGUACCUUUUGCUUCAUUUGAUUCUCCGGGAAAAGCUAUCCGAGGACCACAGCAGCCCAUUUGGAAGCCCUUUCCUAAUCAAGACAGUGACUUAUCUUCGGUCCUGGGUGGCAGGGACUCAGAGCUGCCUAUCCCUCGGGUCUGUGAAUUCUGUCAAGCUGUUUUCCCACCAUCCAUUACAUCCAGGGGGGAUUUCCUGCGGCACCUGAACUCCCACUUUAAUGGGGAGACUUAAGAUGCACUUGAAGACAGUCCUGUGGGAUGAGUCUAUGUGAUCAUCCAGGUCUGGGUGAUGGUCUUGGGUUUGUAAUACUAUAGAUACUUGAUUGCAAACUUAGUUCAAGAUCAUUUAGUGAAUAAUAGCUAUGAAUUUUUUUUCUAACCUUACAUUGUAACUUUCUUCUCUUUUAAAAGAUCAUUCUGUACAAAGCUGUAGUUCAUUGUAUUCAUGUUUACAGUGUUUAUUGCCUUAAUUUAUGUUUGUUUCAAACAUCUAAGCUUAUUGCUUGGAUUUCUAGUUAGAUCUGUUGAAUUUGGUGAUGUCAAAUGUUUAUGGGGUUUUUCACCUAAAAUUAGAUUAUUUAUGCUAUAGGCGAUUUUAUUUUUUUUUAAGUAAACCUGUAAUACAGAACAGCAGACAACAUAAAUGCCUAGGUAAAUGCCAAACCUAAGACAUUUGUUGCCCAGGGAUAAAAUCACUGGUUAGAAUUAUUUAAAUACUUUAGAUUGUUUUGUUAAAUAAUAUACAUGGUUUUAAAUUUUGCUAUGUAUAUAGCUACAUGAUGAAAAUUAGUUAAAUAUUUAAAAAGUUACUUAUGUUGUGAUCUUUACAUGUGUUCUUUGUUCUUGAGUGAAAAAAAUAAAGAAAUAAAUUACAUUUGGGGGAAGUUUA